GGCGGUCCGGGCAGCGGAUCCUUUGUUUUGUUAUGACUGGGACUGCGGGGGCGAGCAGUGAAGGCGGCGGAGAGAGAGAGAGACCCUGCCGGGGAGCUGGACCCCGGGCUGGGGGUGGAGACCCAGGAGAUGGGAGGCCUGAGAACAGAGGCUGGACCCUAAACGCCAAACCCCCGGGGCGCCGAGCCGUGGCGGUGGAGGCCAGGCGGGGAGGGGUCUGCGGCCGGUUAAGAAAAGUAACCAUGGAGAACAGUGAAAACUCAGUGGAUUCAAAAUCCAUUAAAAAUUUUGAAGCAAAGAUCAUACAUGGAAGCAAAUCAAUGGACUCUGGAAUAUCCUUGGACAAUAGUUACAAAAUGGAUUAUCCUGAAAUGGGUGUAUGUUUAAUAAUUAAUAAUAAGAACUUUCAUAAAAGCACUGGAAUGGCCUCUCGGUCUGGUACAGAUGUAGAUGCAGCAAACCUCAGAGAAACAUUCCUGAACUUGAAAUAUGAAGUCAGGCAUAAAAAUGACCUUACACGUGAAGAAAUUGUGGAAUUAAUGCACAAUGUUUCUAAAGAAGAUCAUAGCAAAAGGAGCAGCUUUAUUUGUGUAAUUCUAAGCCAUGGUGAUGAAGGAAUAAUUUUUGGAACAAAUGGACCUGUUGACCUGAAAAAAAUAACAAGUUUCUUCAGAGGAGAUUAUUGUAGAAGUCUAACUGGAAAACCCAAACUUUUCAUUAUUCAGGCCUGCCGGGGUACAGAACUAGACUGUGGCAUUGAGACAGACAGUGGUAUCGAUGAUGACAUGGCAUGCCAAAAAAUACCAGUUGAGGCUGACUUCUUAUAUGCAUAUUCCACAGCACCAGGUUACUAUUCCUGGCGAAAUUCCAAGGAUGGAUCCUGGUUCAUCCAGUCACUCUGUGCAAUGCUGAAACUACAUGCUCAUAAGCUUGAAUUUAUGCAUAUCCUUACUCGGGUAAACCGGAAGGUAGCAACAGAAUUUGAGUCUUUUUCCCUUGACUCCACUUUUCAUGCAAAGAAACAGAUUCCAUGUAUUGUGUCCAUGCUCACAAAAGAACUGUAUUUUUAUCACUAAAGAAAUAGUUGAAUUUUUUUUCAUUUGUAUGCCAAGUGAAAAAACAAUAUGAGUAAUACUUUUAUUUCCUCUCUCACUUAAAUUUUGUCUAAAGAUGGUACUUUGAAACGUACCACUUCUGCAUUAGAACCACAAUGAAGCUACCUCAAACUCAAAAUCAGGUAGUUGGACUUGAAUUUAAUUAGGAAUAAAUAAAUAUGGAUAAUGGUGCAAUCUUUAUGAGAGGAAAUUAUAAAUUUACAUCUUUCAUAAUUAUCAAGAUUUAGUGAUGCCAUGCUUUGAGUUUUUAAUUUAUGAAGAAGUGAAACAUUUUGGUGAUGAUGAAUUUUAAUAUUCUCCCCAUACACUGAAGACUGUGCAUUCUAGUUUUUGUCAAACUACAGAAAUGAUGAUGUGGAAUCAUGGAUCUUACAACUUGGGGACAUGGGCAUGUUCAAAGUCCAUUAUUUUAGAAUUGAUAAAUGGAAGUCAGCCAAGUGUAUUUUUAUCACCUGUCAAAACUCAUGGUUUUGUGCUAUUUGUUCUGAGCAUGUCUGUUGUUAAAAAAAAAAAAAAAAAGUUUACAAUGGAGAUGGGAACUGAAUAUUUUAGAGAAAGUAUGAGCAAGCUGAGUUGAUUUUUUUAAGCCUAACUUACAACAUUAAUUGAAGGACCGAAUCAUAACUAUAAGGUGCUAAGAUCUACCAGCAUGUUUCUUCUCAUUUGUUUUUAUGCAAAUCAGCUGAGAUGUACAGACCAACAAAAUGUGUAAAGAACAAUAUGAAAAAAAUUCAAUUUUUGAUUGUUAGGCUAUAUGAAGAAAUGCUAUAGGAACAUACUAAAAUAUGAUUUGCAUAGUAAAUAGUGAAAAUAUAAGGAAAGAACAAUAAAUGAUCAGCUGGGCACUCUGUAAUUUGAGAGAAGAUGGUUUGAACCUGAGAUGUGGCACAGCCUGCCUGUUCAGUGUAGGCAGAGCCAUAGACUCAGCUUCAGAAGAAGACCACCAGCUGGAUUUUUAUAUGUACGGGUAUGCAUGUGGCAGAUGCUCCUUAGACAUGAAUAAUGAUGUAAGAAGAUGAACCAAAUCAGAAAUUUAUGAAAUAGAGAGUUUUCCAAAGGUGGUGAGAGUCAUAAUAAAAAUCAUGGUACUCCUUGUGGUAAAAUUUGUAAAUGUUAUUUUCUGAAGUUUACAAUCAAAGUAAAAUAGUGGCAACAUUUUAUGUAGUUCCCUACAGUAAAAGGACCAUGUACACAGGACCUCAGAAGCAUCCAGUUGGAGCCCAUCCUAUGCACAGAGGGAAACUGGAAGCCAGAGCUUAGCCUCAGCCAGAGAGGCCAGAAUUCUGACUUCCUCACUCCUUGAGAUGUUGAGCCAUUACUGACUGCUCUGGCGGGUCUCACUGGCUUUCAGUCCAACAUUUCACAUGAGCUUUCGUUUUGCUCAAAGAAAGGAACUAACAUUUUAAUUGACAGCUAAUUGACUGAAUCUAUUGACUUUUUUUAAGAAAAUGUAGCAUGUAAUGGUAUCUUAAGGUGUGUUCCUGUGUGACAAUUUUGUAAUAAUUUGUUAUUGCAUUUUUAUUUCAAAACAAAUUCAAACUUAAAAUCACCAGUGUGUUUGAGUUUUUUAUUGUUGAUGAUGUGUCUGAUGUGGUGCUGCUAAAUGGAAGUUAAAAUAUUUUUAACCAAGAACUUAAUCUGGAAGAACCAAAAAGGAUGCAACAGGGUCCAAAUGUGACAUUUUGAGGUGCUGGCAAAUGACCAGACCCCAGGUCUUAAGUCCUUUAAAAAGGUCUUGUUUCUAAAAUGACCAGGAUGCCAGAUUUACAUAGAUGUCAAUCAAUAAAAAGACCAGAUUUUUGA